UCUCCCCGGCUAAACAUGUCCGUUUUUAAACUCACUUAACGAAGUUAUCGCCCUCUAAGAGGUGAAAUCUUUCAAUUCAGAAAUAUUAAAUGGCCAUACAAGCUACCUUGAUUUUACCGGUGUAACUGUCUUUUAUCAAUUGUCAGUGGUUUGAUUGUUUUUUUCAUAAAUCUUUCCGCGAGUCUGUUGCGCGCAGAAGCUAGUUGGCUAACGGGCUAGCUUCUCUGUAGUUAACAAUGACAGCGACUUGUGCAGGUAGCAGUGGCUGCCUGACCGCUAAAGGACUGGACAUAAGUUUGGCUGCCCUGCAGCGACAAGACCCUUACAUAAAUAACAUUGUGGACGUGGCCAGCCAAGUCGCUCUGUAUACUUAUAACAACAGGGCAAAUGAGUGGGAGAAGACAGAGGUGGAAGGCACCCUUUUUAUCUACACAAGGCAGGCAUCUCCCAGGCAUGGAUUCACAAUCAUGAACCGACUCAACAUGGAGAACCUGACAGAGCCCAUCACAAAGGACCUGGACUUUCAGCUCCAGGACCCCUUCCUGCUGUAUCGCAAUGCACGCUUGGUUAUCCAUGGUAUCUGGUUCUAUGAUAAACAGGACUGUCAGCGCGUCGCCCAGAAGAUGAGGACUCUGACACAGCAGGAGCAGAUCCUUGCUCAGUCCCAGGGUGGCUGGUUGUCCCCGGGCAGAGUUGGAGUAGAAGCUGCUGGAGAUAGAGGAAGAUUAAAUAGUGAAACAAAGGGAGUGGACAUUCUCCAGAUGUUGACCAAAGCACGCACAGUGUAUGACAAGGAAAAGUCGAUUUCAGAGCCAAAAGAGAUUGGUGGCAGCAGUGUUCUGUGUGGAAAUCCAAACCUGAUCAAACCAAUUCCAGUUAAACCAAACUCUCAGGACGGUGAGGGCAUGAAGCCUAAGGCUCUCUCUUUGGCGUCUCUGUUUGGCCCUCAGCAUCAGCACACCUCUAACCCCGUUCCUUUUGUGGUUUCUCCCACAUCCAUGGGGAAAGUGGCUCGCCCCCCUGUGGCCCGCACGCUGACCUAUGACGAUGCCGUGAACUCCAGCAGAAGCGCCCCCCCCACCGGAAGGAGCGUGCCCCUCGCUGGGGGUGCAGACGGCCGUGUCAGAGCUGUGGCGGAGGGAGAGGGCACAAAUGUCGUGGUCGUUCUGCAGGGUUCCAGCCCCGGCGGUCAGGGGCUUCCCAACCAGCCACAGCACUGCCCGGCCAUCGCCAAGCUCAUGCAGGGACAGAAGGGGGUGGGGGGAACACUCCAGACCCUGCCCGAGUCCCCCGAGAACCGACUUUGUGACAAUGGUCUCCCACUUGAACAUCACCACCACCAUCACCAUCUAUACCACCAGCACCAGCAACACCACCAGCUGCACCAGCAGCACCAGCACCAGCACCACCAGCAACACCAGCACCACCAGCACCAGCCGGACCCAAUAAAGAGGCUUCUGCAGAGCCACGCGCCCCCCCAGCUGGCCACGUCCUUCUCUGCUCCACCCUGCUCUUCCAACCCUCACCUUUCCUCCAAGCCCGUACUAGUGGAUCCUGUGCCCUGCUCCCACCUUCAAGUGCAACAGAACCAGCAGCUGUUUUUUAACCUUUUUAAGUCUCAGACAGAAGCUCUGCACAGCCAGGCAGCUUCAGCAGCACUGCCCACAGGUUUGCUGCCAUCUCAGUUGGCCAAGGACCAAGGCAUUCUGCCUCUACAAGGUCUCUCUGCGCAGAUGCAGGGUGUGGUAUCACCUCAUGAACUGCUACAGAAGCUUCAGCUGGUCCAGCAGGAACAAUGCCUGACAUCCCACGAGCCCCCUCGCCCCCAUCCAGGCCUGGCGCCUCGAUUCCUGGGGCCCACCCAAAAUCAGGAGGAAAGCACAUCUCUAGGCACGGUCUCAAACCUGAACUCAAGCGCUGCGGGUCAAAAAGCUGCCCUUCAGCUUCAGGUAAUCUCUCCCCAGCGGAUCCCAGCUACCGUUGCCCCCACCAUGCUGCUUUCUCCCAGUGUGUUCACACAGACGAAGCCCAGCAGUGGGCUACCGGGAGCUGCUCGGGACAGCUGCCCUGCCCCCGCAGCCCUUUCCCAACCAUCGCUCCAGAAUGAGGUCGGAGUCCUCUCCAGAAGCCAGCUUCAAGCCACACUUCUGCAUCUGAUUCAGAGUGACAGCUCCUUCCUGGACUCCAUCUAUGAUGCAUACGUCAGCCGCUUUGCUAAAGACUCCAGCAGCAAGUACUGAAGGCUGUGUUUCUGCACACUCUGUCCAAAGGCGAGAAAUCCCGAUGUUAGCCCUCCACUUCCAAUCCCGGACAACUCUUUUUCCUCUGCGCCAUUAACCCACACUUAGCUCAUGUGUUGUUUAGAGAAAGAUGGAGGCCAAGGACAAAACAUGCUUUACCGUUGUUUCCCUCCCACCCCCAACAUGUUUGAAAUGGUAACCAUCACAUUGUCUUCACUUCAAGUACAGCAAUCUUUUGUUUUAUCAUAGUUUAUUUCCACUCCCUUCUAGCGCUAGCCAACACUCUGACCUUAAAAACUAUUCAGCUCUAGUCUGAAAACUCUCUAAAGCACAUUUUCAGACAUGAUUUAUAUAUUUUCAGUUUUUUCACAUUAUGAUCAUUUAAGUCAGCUUUUCUUACAUGUUUUUGGUCUAUUGGCUACAUAUUGUUACAUACAUAUGUCCUUUAUGAGGGUGGAUGGUGCAUGUCAUUAAAGAGGACAAAUGAGACAGCAGCAAGAUGCUAUUUUUUUUUGCUUUUAAUGUGCAUCACCUUACAGUUCCAUAGGUGAGGGGUUUUACUGCUCAUUGUAAUGAAAGGGGUGCUUUGUUGGUUUUACUCAUUGAAUUUUGGUGAAGAGAAACAAUUAAAUUAGGAUUAUUCCAGCAAAAAAGUUGAGGAAAAUGCAGGAAAAUGUCGACCGCCACUACCUCAGAGCUGAUUUGGUGUUUUAAAAAUGGAAAGCCGAAACCAUAUUUUUGUUUUUAGUUUUUCAAAAUGAUUUCAUUUUUACAGUUACAUUUUAAAACAAAUUAGUACCCAUCAAACCACUUAAGUUUGAGAGGUUGUCUUCAUAGGACAGCAUGCAGAAAAUGAUCCUUAUGGGACAAAAAAUUGUUUUGUUUUGAUCCCUUUAACAGUCAGAAAUGAUGGUUAAUUAAUGGUUCAUUUUUGGAAAAUUACACAGAACAAACUAGGUGUUUAACAUAUCUUAUAAUAAUAAAUAAAGCUCUCAGGAUAGGCUAACAUUUUUUAUUUCAAAUUAUUUUCAAAGGAGUUAAACUGUUGCUCUACUGUAUUAAAUGUAAUUUACUCUUUGAGUACCAUUCAGUUUGUUAUUCAGAAGUCAGAUGACUCCUGCAGUUCAUCUGUAUGAUAGCAGCAUCCGCAACAACAGAGAAUAUGUUUAAUGAAAGAAAAAUAUAUCUUUUUUUUCUAUUUUUGUACUAAAAAUGAAAAAUGUUUUAUCUCUGAUUAUACAAAUGACCAGCAUGUUACAAUUCAUUAAUAAUUUAAAUACACGUCAUCAUUUUAAGUUAUUUGUCACAUCUGUUUCUAUUGUUUCAGACAAAUUCAUCUAAACAAUUUUCUGUUAACCUUUAUGAUGUUAUAACAUACAUUUCUA